UGUCUCGGGAGCGCGGCUGCCGCCGCUGGCUCCUUCUCGCUGCUUUCGCCCACCUCCUCUUCCUUCUCCCGCCGCUGCGCAGCCGGGGCUUCACUGGUAAGACCUGCCAUCAGGAAUCCCAGUUUCCUGGGGCUUAUGGGAAAGCAAAGAAGACUUGCUGUUGAUGGAGAAGAAUCAGAUUAGGGAACGCUUAAACAAACUGGACAUAUACAAGUCUCUGGGCCCUGAUAGGGAGGCACCCAUGAAUGCUGAGGGAGCUAGAAAAUGUCUUUGCGAAGAAUUUCCAGAGUACUGGAAGAAAGCAAAUGUCACCCCUAUCUUCAAGAAAGGCAUUGAAUCGUAGAAUCAUAAGGUUGGAAGGGACCUCUGGAAAUCAUCUAGUCCAACCUUCAGCGUAGCCCAUACAGGGAUUGAACCUGUGACCGUGGCAUUAGCAGCACCAUGCUCUAACCAACUGAGCUAAACCUACCCCCGAAACUCGCUCACGCAUUUCUACGUGACUGGCACAACUCUCCGUGUACCUGCACCUCUGCGGUGAGGCCCAUCGGUGUAGCCUUAGCCGGGUAUUAUUUUUGUCAUCAGAACACUGCUGUGACAGCCCUUCGCCUGCCUGGCCGGAGGGUAGGAAGAAGCAAAGCCGCAUAUCGCCAAGCAAUUCGGCCGCCCCAUGCCAGGAGCCCUCGGGCAGCCUCACCGGUGCCGUCUUUGCCUUGUGUCACCCCUGCCUGGUUCCAGGGUGCCCAUGACUGGCAUUCAUAGAAUUGCUUUUGCAGUAAGUAUAGUUCCUGAAGGUGCAGAAGAAAAGACUGAACUACCAGUGCUGCAGGUAAUUGUCAAGUAUGACCUGUGCUCUGUAUGCCACACAGCACAUAACUUGUCUGCAUGAAAAGUUAAUCUCAUUAUAUUGACUAGGAUAUAGGUUAAUUUAGAAUGUGAAGUCUGAAAAAAGUGGAACAAUGGAUAAAAUAAGCAGAGAGUGCAAUGUAGCAUUCUGCAGUGGCUGGUGUGCAAAGAGCUGCCUGUGUGGGGAUGUUGUAUUACAGUCCAGCCAAAAGAUCGUGGUGGUGUGUCUUAGUGAUGUUGGGUCAUCAUUGCCGGGCCAUGGCAAAAAGGUUUCAGAAUUAAAAGCGAUUGUAUUUAUCAUCCAGAGUCAAAGUAAUUCUUUUCAUUCCAAGAGAGCAGAAGAUCUAAAAAGAGAUAUUUUAAAACAGGCUGCAGAUCUUGGAAAGGAAUUACCUACGGUUCUGCUUAUUCAUCAGAUGGACAGACAUGAAGGUGCAUGGACCAUAUUGCCAUUAAUGAGAGACUUCUCUGUUACCUAUGGUAGGAACUCCUCAUGGAUUUUCUUCUGUGAAGAAGAUACAAGAGUACAAGUUGUAAAGCUUCUGGAAACACUUCGAAGAUUUGACAAGUCUAAGGAGUGGUUUUUAGGUAAAGCAUUGUAUGAUGAAGAAUCUACGAUAAUUCACCACUAUGCCUUUGCUGAAAAUCCUACAGUCUUUAAAUUUCCAGAUUUUGCAGCUGGUUGGGCACUUAGCAUUCCACUUGUUAACAAGCUUGCGAACAAGUUGAAAAGUGAACCACUCAAGUCAGACUUCACAAUAGAUUUAAAACAUGAGAUCGCACUAUAUAUUUGGCAGAAAGGAGAGGGACCACAUCUUACUCCAGUGCCUGAGUUCUGUACAAAUGAUGUGAACACAUAUACAGUUAAUCAUUGUGCAACAACAUUCAGUAGUUUUCUGCCACUUUGUGGAGAGCCAGUGAAAAAGGAAGAUGUAUUUGUUGCUGUAAAAACAUGUCAGAAAUUCCAUGGAGAUAGAAUACCAGUUGUAAAGCAGACUUGGGAAAGAGAGGCUGCCCUUAUUGAAUACUACAGUGAUUAUGCAGAAAUCUCCAUUCCUACUAUAGAUUUAGGAGUACCUAAUACUGACAGAGGUCACUGUGGGAAAACUUUUGCCAUUUUGGAAAGGUUUUUGAAUCAGAGCUCUUCCAGAACUCCUUGGUUAGUCAUUGUGGAUGAUGACACAUUGAUAAGCAUCUUCAGACUCCGAAAACUGCUCAGCUGCUAUGACCCAAAUGAACCAGUAUUUCUUGGAGAGCGUUAUGGUUAUGGCUUGGGAACAGGAGGAUAUAGUUACAUCACUGGAGGAGGAGGGAUGGUUUUCAGCAGAAUAGCUGUCCAGAAACUGCUUGCUAGUAAAUGCCGCUGUUAUAGCAUGGAUGCUCCUGAUGAUAUGGUCCUUGGGAUGUGCUUCAGUGGCUUAGGAAUCCCGAUAACACAUAGUCCACUCUUCCAUCAGGCACGGCCAAUGGACUAUCCAAAAGACUACCUUUCUCACCAAGUUCCAGUAUCAUUUCACAAGCAUUGGAAUAUUGAUCCAGUGAAGGUAUAUUUCACAUGGCUGGCACCAAACACAAAAAAUUCCCUUCAUGGAAAGAAAGCUGGAUAUAACAGGGAGGAUUUAUAAGCAGCAGAGAAUUUAACUUUUGAUUAAUGUACUGCAGAUGAGAGACAGUCACUAACUAUGAUUUCUUUGUGUUCUUCUCAUAUUGUUCACUGUUUAUGACAUAGAAGAUACUAUAACGAACAGGAACAAAACAUUGAUUCAGAGCAAUGGAAGAAGGCACCUAACUGAUUUUUCAAUUUCUUUCGUUAAGCUUGAUUUCUUUUUAAAAUGUCUCAUACAACAUUAUCUAUGUUCAGUUUUGAACUUUGAGUCAGACAUCAUCAAUUUACAUUUUCUUUCUCCUUGUUUGAAAAGCUGAAGUUCUUCAUUGCCUAAUAUUGAACAUGGCUCUUGCUUCAGAAAACAGUUCUCUAAACUAUUCUGGACCAGAUUCUUGGUAAUUCAGAAAGGAGAUGUGACUAGGAGCUAGACUGAAGGCUAUGUUCCUUGAAUACUCAUUUCAAACAGAAAUGCUAUAGUUUCAUGGGAUAGAUGGACCAAGCAUGCACCACUGUACCUUGAAGUGGAUUAGCAUCUGUGAGGAAAGUGACAUUCAAAAUCUAAAAAAGGUAAAGGACUGAGAUUUUUUUUUUUCAAGUGGCCAUAAGAGGUCACUGUGGCUCCUUUAGAAACCUAUGUCACUGUGUAUCUGUUUGGCAAAUAUGAAUGUAACUGUUAAGGAUUUUUGAAGAACUAACACUUCAGUAUUUCUGUGUGCAUUUCCAUAGUAUGUGGAUGCCAACUUUAAAAAGUUUGCAAUAUUCCUAAUUUAUAUCGUUGAGUAAUUUUAUGCACAGAACAUGUAAAGAGGGAUUCAUAUUUAAAAUGUUCUUGAUUUUUUCUUUGUGUAAUUCAGUCUUGUAAAACUGUACAAAAUCUCUUUAGUAUGUUCUAAACUAAUUUUUAUACUGUAAAACUGUUCCUUUUAAGACAACAGUAUAUGACAUUUGUAUACUGUUAUCUAACUUUGCUUGCUAUAUUGUAACCAAAUACAGGGUCUUAAAGCCAUACAGCUGAAGUCAUUUGUGGUUUGUGUUGUUUUAUCAGUAGGUUAGAAUUUGAUUCCAUUCCAAUGUAAUGCAAUACUUGUUUCAGAUCUAAAUAGGGGAGUCACUGAUUCUUCUUUCAGUAAUAGCUGAAGUUAUAUAAAUGUUUGUUUGUGAAUGGAGCUUGUUGAAUUUUAAGCCGUUGAAUAGCAAGCACGUAUUCACAAUAGAGUCAAAUACUGAUUAAAGAGGAGUAAUCCAUGUCAUGUUUUUUCUUCUUUCUUCCCACUAUCAGUGCCUUAAACAGUAGACAUUUUGCUGAUACUAGGGCUUUGUUCUCUGGUACCAUGGAUGUAUCAUUAACUGUGUUUGCUGUUUAGAACUGUGAGAGCUGAAAGCUGAAUAAAAACGUACUUGUUUAA